CAUCGCACUACGCCCUUCAGUUCCGCCCAAAACGGAAAUGACGCCGGCUCAGAAAAUGGCGUCCGCAAAGCCUGGACUGCUCUGGCUUUUUACCCGUUUAAUUUAGAUCCGUAUGUGGGGGGUAUCUUCGUCUGGCCAGGGGACGACAACAAUAAUAUGGCAGUGCACCGCUGCAAACCGCUUUCUUGAUUCUGGAAUCGAACCCGCAACUUCAUGUCCGAAGGAGCCAGAGCUGCCUGGUCGAAGAGGGGUUGUGGGGAUUCGCACCGCCGAGAGCCAGGGAAACACAAACACAGGAAAUGCGAGCAGCCCCUUAGCACUCAGCUGUCAAAGCCUGUGAUUGUUCGCCCGGGCUCUAAAAGGUGUGUUAUGUCGGGGGCGGAUGUGGAGGUGUACCUGUCACAGGUACACGAUGGGAGUGUGUCGUCGGGCUUCCGGGCGCUGUAUGAGGAGCGUCUGCUGCUGGAUGUCACACUGUUGAUAGAGGAGCACCACUUCCAGGCCCACAAGGCACUUCUGGCCACCCAGAGCGACUACUUCCGGGUAAUGUUCACAGCCGACAUGAGGGAGAGGGACCAGGAUAAGAUACACAUGAAGGGACUGACAGCUGCUGGGUUCGGCCACAUUCUCAGAUUCAUGUACUAUGGCUCACUGGAGCUCAGCAUGCCCACUGUCCAGGAGAUCCUGCAGGCAGCCAUGUACGUCCAGCUGACUGAGGCAGUGGAGUUCUGCUGCUCAUUCUUGCUUGCCAAGAUCUGCCUGGAAAACUGUGCUGAGGUCAUGCGCCUCCUGGAGGACUUCAGCGUGGGUGUGGAGGGCGUCCAGGAGCAGCUUGACAACUUCCUGCUCGACAACUUUGUUCCCCUCAUGAGCCGAUCUGACUUUCUGUCCUACCUCAGCCUCGAGAGACUGCAGGCCUACCUGAACAGUGAUGCUCUGAGUCGUUUCCCAGAAAUUGAGCUGUAUGAAGCUGUUCAGGCAUGGUUACGACACGACCGGCGGCGCUGGAGGCACACGGACACCAUUGUACAGUCAAUCCGCUUUUGUCUCAUGACUCCCGCCAACAUCUUCGAGAAAGUGAAGACAUCCGAGUUCUACCGUUACUCCAGACAGCUGAGGCAGGAGGUCGACCAGGCACUCAGCUACUUCCAUGAUGUCAACCAGCAGCCUUUGGUGGAGACCCGCUCCAAUCGUAUCCGCUCGGUCCGUCCACAGACCGCUGUCUUCAGGGGAAUGAUCGGCCACAGCAUGGUCAACAGCAAAAUCCUGCUGCUGCAGCGUCCAAAGGUGUGGUGGGAGCUGGAGGGCCCUCAGGUGCCGCUGCGACCUGACUGCUUGGCUAUUGUCAACAACUUUGCCUUCCUGUUGGGCGGAGAGGAGCUCGGGCCUGAUGGGGAAUUUCACGCUUCCUCCAAAGUCUACCGCUACGACCCUCGGCAGAACUCCUGGCUGCGCAUGGCGGACAUGUCUGUGCCCAGGUCAGAGUUUGCCGUGGGGGUCAUUGGAAAGUUUAUUUAUGCUGUGGCUGGUCGCACGCGAGAUGAGACCUUCUACUCCACAGAACGAUACGACAUCACAGAGGAUCGCUGGGAGUUCGUGGACCCGUAUCCUGUCAACAAGUAUGGUCACGAAGGAACGGUGCUUAAUGGUAAACUGUACAUCACAGGCGGCAUCACCUCCUCCUCCACCUCCAAACAGGUGUGUGUGUUUGACCCAGGACGUGAGGCAGGUGGUGGGGGCGGAGGAGGGAGCGCGGGCGGGUCGGACUCACACAGGACACGCAGCAGCCGUGGCCCACUGCUGCCCGGCACGCACACUAGCUGCUGGGAGAACAAAUCAAAAAUGAACUACGCGCGCUGCUUCCACAAGAUGAUCUCCCACAACGGGAAGUUGUACGUGUUUGGAGGCGUGUGUGUGAUCCUGAGAGCGUCCUUUGAGUCACAGGGCUGCCCAUCCACGGAGGUAUACGACCCAGAGACGGACGAGUGGACCAUCCUUGCUUCCAUGCCCAUUGGGCGCAGCGGCCAUGGUGUGGCUGUGUUGGACAGGCAGAUCAUGGUGCUGGGUGGACUCUGUUACAACGGCCACUACAGUGACUCCAUUCUCACUUUCGACCCAGACGAAAACAAGUGGAAGGAGGACGAAUAUCCCAGGAUGCCUUGCAAACUGGAUGGUCUGCAGGUGUGCAGUCUGCACUUCCCAGAAUAUGUGCUAGAGCACGUGAGACGCUGCAGCUGAGGUCUGUGGCCUCCUUUUAUAGAAACGGAAAUGCUCUGUUCCAGGACUUAAGUCUCUGAUUGGGAGACUCAACUGACAUGCAGGCUUUUAAAACUAGAGACCAGCACUUACUUAAAAGUGAGAAAAAGAGGGCUAGGAGCCAUAGCUCUUCUUAACGAAGACAAUGAAAGCGUGACGAGAUGUCACAUGAACAUUUUCAGAAUUAGCUUUCUCAGAAAAUUAAGGGAAAAAAAAAGAUUGUUGGGAGAAAAAAGGUUUCAUUCUGCUGGUUUAUGUUUGGGCUUUUUUCUGGUCUACUACUCACCAACUGUAUUUAGGCUGUCCAGUCAGGCUUGCUGCAGAAACGCACUGGAAGCGUUGAAUACUUGCUUUAACAGUAACAUCCCACCAAACAUCCACCAAACCUGUACCACAGAUUUCAGUUUAGUUAAAUUACUUAGCCUGCUGCCUCUGAUUCCAUAUUUAAUGACCUUUAAUCGAGUAGUUAGUAAAAACUAUUCCAAAAAUGUCCUAUAAGAUAUAUAAUGGCAAGAGGAAGCAUACAAUCAGUUAUAUAAACACUAUAUACUGUAGUGUGAUUAAUUUUCUAGCCUAAACACUGUAGACAAAGGACACCUUAAAAUAUACUAAAAUAUUAAGAUGCUGCUUCAAUCAGUGAAAUUCGCUUCCAGUGUGUUCCAGCUUCCAGUCCUAAUUUUGCACUUUGCUCCACCAUAACAUGCUCCUGUUUAUUUUCGUCCUCCUCAUCCUCCUGUCUCCCAUACGUUAAUUAGAGAACACUACACGGUACACCAAGGCUCCUUCUUCAUCCGCUCGUGAUGUGGAUGAUGAUGUUCAAGGCUAGCACGGCAAAGCUCUAGAGUAGCAAUUCUUUACUCACUCGCGUCGAUAGUCCCUGCACUUUAUUGGUUUCUUAUUGUGUAUAAACACACAGAUUUAGCAGCUACCCAGCAUCUCAAGUAUUACAGUGGUCUGUAAUGGUGGAGAUUUUUAUCAGUGUCUGAAAUCAACUCUCCAGCUGACUAGAACAAAACAAACAAAAAAAAUGCAGCAACUUCAGGCAUUUGGAAAAUGGACCUCAGGCAAGAACAUUUUCGUACAGUAAAGAAACCAGUACAGGUGUACUGUGGAAAACCCAAGUAUACAAGCAGUAAAAGGAAAAGGGGGUUCCAGAAGGGUAAUUAGGGUCAUUUUACCUACAAAAAAAAAAAAUUAAAUAAAAUGUUUUUUUUGUUUAACAUUCACAACUCCAUACAUCUAAUUAUGUCAUUUAAAGGCGACCUUGCACAGCCUGAAAGACGGACCUGUCUUUCCUGUUUUUGUUUUUUUUGUUUUUGUUUUUUUUUGGUCAGGAGUCAAGAGACCUGCUUGACUAGUCAGAUCAUUUGGGCUGGCUUCGUGUGGUGAUGGUCAUAAUCACUUGUGUCAUCUAAGAAAAACUAAAUCUGUUUUAAAUCUGGUUGGAGGACUGUCCAGUUGCAAGCAAGGAUUUUCGUUGAAACACAGCCCAUUAGCCAAAUCACCAAAUCCCAUCAGUACACAAAAAAUGUUAAGUUAGCUAGUGUCUGGAAAUGAGGUCCUAUGAUCUCUUCCCCAUCAUGAACAAAUUCAGCAACUACUUUAUUUACAAUGUGAAUAAUCUAAUUAAAAUGUUUAUGAAGAUAACUAAAACUUAGCCUUAACUAAGUUGAGAGCUUAUUAACUGUGGUGCUGAGUUAAAAUAUGAGUUUAUAGAAAAGUUGGAACACUGUUAACACCUACACUCACUUGCCCAAAACAUAAGGUACACUAGUGCAUACUAUCUAAUACAAAAGUCCUGCAAUUAACUCUGGGCUGCUCUUGAUAAAAGUUUGAAUAAAAGUGAUUCUGUUCUUAAUUCUUGCCCACUGACUACAAUGUCAAAAUAACAGGAACAUGCAUUUGGCUCUGUAGUGAGUUCCAGCUGAAAUCCCACAAUAAGUAAGAAUGGAAAACAUUUGUAUAAGGUUUUGUCAUUUCAAGCUAAUCAAAACAUGGUAAAGAAAAACACAUUUUUUUUUUUUUAUCUCUGCACACUCUCCUUGUUUGGAUCACAUUUAAAAACAUUUGACUUUCUAAACAACUAGGCUCGGGCUGGGUAUCAAUACUGAUUUUCUCAAUUAAAUUUUCUGAUUUAAUUCCAAUUCACAAGUCCUUGAUUUAUCGCAGCACAGUGGUGGUGGUGGUUAGCACUACCAGAUUGUUCCAGGUUUAAAUCAGGUGUGUGGAGUUUCUAUGUUCUCCUUGUGUCUGUGUGAGUGCUGCGACUUCCUCCCACCCUCCAAAGACAUGCUCAUCAGGUUCAUUGGCGAUUCUAAAUUGACUCUAGGUGUGAGUGUGAAUGGUCGUCUGUGUCUGAGGUUAGCCCUGUGAUAGGCUGGUGACCUGUCCAGGGUGAACCCCACCUCUCACCCAAUGACACCUGUGAUAGGCUCCAGCCCCGGGAUCCUCUAGAGGACAAGCAGUUAUAGAAGAUGACAAUAAGAAAUCCUCCUUCAUUUGAAGAAAUUUGAGUUUCAAAACAAUUUUACUGAAAGUGAUUUUCAUAAAGUAAUCUGUCAUAUGUUUUUGUUUUUGUCCUGCUCUCCGACGAAACAUAAUCAAAAUCAAGAUGAGCUUAGUUUUUAUAUUUUUUUUAUUAAAUAUAGGGUUUAAAAUACUUUGAAAUCACUGCAUUCUGAUUUUAUUUAGUAUUUAUACAGCAUGUCAACCAUUUGGAGACAUGGUUGUAUGUGAUUUAAAGGUAGAUUUGUUUUAUUUACACAGAAUUUACUACAAUUAUGUGGCUAAGCUCCUGUCAAAGGAAACGAACAGCAAAACACAGCUUUAAGCUCAGGCUAUCCAUAGCGUCACUUUCCUUUAGUCCUCUAAUUUGAGCUCUGAUUUUUCACCUGUUUUCAUGGAUUAAAAAAAAAGUCUGUGUCGGAAAUCCACCUGCUCUUAUGAUCCAGUAUGUAGUUACUAAGUUUCUGUGCCAAAAUCAAUAAAACUCUCAUUGAGCAGAAGAGGAAUUUUGCAUUUUCCUCUGAAAGAUAAUUAAACUCUCGGAAGGCUUGUAGAUGUUUGAUGGUGUGAGAGGUUCUACACAUUUCACAUUUAGACUUGAAACCACAACCAGUGAAACGCAGUGUAACCAAUCCUUGCAGCUGUGAAUCAGUCGUAGGACAAUUUCAUGCCAGUGUUUUAAUGAUUUUUUAUUUAUUUAUUUAUUUAUUCAUUCAUUUAUGUUUUUAUUCUUUUCUUUUUUGCCAAUAUGUUGGCUGCUCUUGUGUUUGGCAGUCAGCUGUGUUCAUUUCAGACAUUGAGAGGUCGUCAGAAUUUAUUCACAUCUCAGUAGUCUUCUCCGUGCUCUGGGUCCAGCUCCGUCUUUUUAUCAUGUUUAUUUUAUAAAAUUUUUUCAUGAGCCAACUGUGAAAAGGGCUAGAGCACAUACUAAUGCUGUUCUCUCUGUUAGCUGUGUAUUUAAGUUAUUUAUUUUUACUGAGGUGUUGCUCUUCACCAAGCUAUGCAGUAACAGCUGUCGGAUUAUUUAUUACAAUGAAAAUUUCUUUGUGGAAUGCGCUGUUUUCAGAUUGUUGCUCGUCUUGUCCUCGACCAGCUGUCCUCAUGAAUGGAUGCUGUUCUUCCAAUUUGCAGACCUGAAAUGAGUGCGUGAACUCAGAUAAAACUGUUGAAAAUUAUGCCUGCAGCUGCUUUACAUUUUACCGUAUGUGAAUUCUCUUUGAGCAUAUUUUAAAUUCAAGUGGAUCAGAUUUCACUGGAGUUAAAACCCUAGUUCAUACUUCCUUCAGCCAGCAGUGUUUCAGCUGUCCACUUCCAAAGUUCUCCACUCCUUAGCUGCAGCUUUACAGCCGUCUCUUUUUAGGGGAAAUCUUUCAACACCUUGUGUCAAUGGUAGAAAUCUUCUACCACAAACAUGACAAGUUUUAUAGACUUUAUAAUAGUUUGAAAGUCAACUUUUUUUUCUCAGUCAAUUAAUCGUGUAGUUAAUGCAAUGUCCAAGAAUAGCCCAAAGUUUGCAAAUUCAUCAUAAAGAGACAAACAACCAAAUGACUACAAAUCGAAACAACUACAGAGUUCAGAGUCAACAGAGUCUCUGUGUUUGAGAGUGACUUGAUAAUUAUUUUCUCAGUCAAUUGUGUAGUGAAAAUGUAAGAAAAUAGCCCCCGGUGAUGCAUUUAAAAGGUUUAAAUCUAAAGAGAACCACUAAACAAACACAUUUGAGAAACAGGAACCAGCAAAUAUUUGACAUUUGUGCUCAAACUACUUGACUUGUUUCAUUUGUAUAAGGUUUUGUCAUUUCUAGCUAAUCAAAACAUGUUAAACAGAAGCUGAAUUUACAGAAGAAAACGACAACAAUUAUGCAAAGGACUACAAUGUGCCGACAUGGUUUGACCGAACAUGAGAAGUUGUGUCAACUUGAUAAAUGUUUGGAAAUUAACUUAUUUUCUCAGUAGAUUAAUCAUGUAAUUAGUAAAAUGUAAGAAAAAAAAAGGAGCAAACUUUUGCAAUUUGAAAAGCAGGAACCAGCCAACCAGGAACCGGUUUUAUCAGAUUUCGACAAAUCAAGCUAAUCAAGUCCUUGUAAACAGAUGCUAAACAACAAUCAGUGACACUGAAUAAAAAGAAAAAAAUGAUUUUUCAGUAUCUAUUUCCCUGAAGUUCCAACACUUUUAUUAGUGAAAUCUGCCAAAUUUAGAAUAUUUCACAACACUUUUUUCUUUAAAUACCUCCACACAUGCAGGAAAACAUGUAUGCGUUCCUUACAUGUCCUGCAUGUUCACUGUAUUCUGCAGCUGAUAUCAUGAACAUGUGCCACUACAGUCUGCUCACUGCUCCCCUUCCUCCCUCCUCCACCUCCUCCUCCUCUUAUGUUGCCAUUUGAAGAAGAAACUUGUAACCAGUUAAGUACUACUACUGUUUUUGAGGCACACCCAGUCAUAGCGCAGCAUCCUUUAGUCCACCAGUCUGUCAGUAGGAUAACAGAAUAGAGGAUUAAAAAGAAAAACAUACCUUGCUACAGCGACUGUAUCUGAAAAAGAAAGUAAAAACAGAUAAACAUAUCUUAUAAUCUGAGUAGAGAAACUCUUUGGAAACGAUUUGUAACUUCUUUCCAGAAAUAAAUGUUCAUAUUGGUCAACUUUGAA